GUCCUCUCUUAAGACAUGGCGGCCUCCGCGCUGCAGAGGAGCAGAGGAUUCAAAGGGCUGGAGCCGUUUCACCUGCCUUCCCAUGAGCAGAUAAUUAGCACAAUGGAAACUCAGGUGUCCAAUGGCCCGACUGCCAACAGCCUCCCUAAUGGCCCUGUGGUCAGCACGAAUGGUUCCACAGAUGAUAGCAAGACCAAUCUGAUCGUCAACUACCUUCCUCAGAAUAUGACACAAGAGGAGUUCAAGAGCCUUUUCGGCAGCAUUGGAGAAAUCGAAUCCUGCAAGCUUGUCAGAGACAAAAUUACAGGUCAGAGUUUAGGUUAUGGCUUUGUGAACUAUGUUGACCCUAAUGAUGCAGACAAAGCUAUCAACACGCUAAAUGGACUCAAACUACAAACCAAAACCAUUAAGGUAUCAUACGCCCGACCUAGUUCAGCUUCCAUCCGUGAUGCCAACCUUUAUGUUAGUGGACUCCCAAAGACAAUGAGUCAAAAAGAAAUGGAGCAGCUAUUUUCACAAUACGGCCGGAUCAUCACCUCUCGAAUCCUGGUGGACCAGGUGACAGGCAUAUCGCGAGGGGUAGGAUUUAUCCGGUUUGACAAACGCAAUGAGGCAGAGGAAGCCAUCAAAGGUUUGAAUGGACAGAAACCUCUGGGUGCUGCCGAACCUAUCACUGUGAAGUUUGCAAACAACCCCAGCCAGAAAACGGGCCAGGCGCUGUUGACCCAGCUGUAUCAGACAGCUGCACGACGAUACACCGGACCCUUGCACCACCAAACACAGAGAUUCAGGCUGGACAAUUUACUAAACAUGGCCUACGGAGUCAAGAGGUUCUCCCCAAUCACCAUUGACAGUAUGACCAGCCUUGCCGGCGUCAAUCUGACAGGUCCUACCGGAGCUGGCUGGUGCAUCUUUGUGUAUAACUUGUCCCCGGAAGCUGAUGAAAGUGUCUUGUGGCAGCUGUUUGGGCCUUUUGGUGCCGUUACCAAUGUGAAGGUCAUCCGCGACUUUACCACCAACAAGUGCAGGUUUGGUUUUGUCACCAUGACCAACUAUGACGAGGCAGCCGUGGCCAUUGCAAGUCUGAACGGCUACAGGCUGGGAGACCGGGUUCAAGUUUCCUUCAAGACAAGCAAGCAACACAAAGCGUGAAGAAGAAGCAAUUGCAAAGAAAACGAAAUGAGAAUCAUGUUGGGGGAUGAAGGAAAUCUCGUAGGGAAGCACGAAUUUAAAUUUUUAAAUUUUUCUUUUUGAAAAAAUCAUUGGCCUGGAUUAAUCAGAAAUCUCUUAAUAGCCUAGUCUGAUUAUGACUGAGGAAAGAACACGAAAGACAGGUAGUCCAAUUUUGGGGUUUCAAAUGUGGUCUGACGCAAUAGGACUGUGGACAGCGUUAUGCAUUGUGGCACUAAGCUUUCUCUUUUGUUUUAUUUUUCAAAUCACAUUCAAGAAAACAGUUAGGAGGCAUGUUUUGCACACCGGCUGCUUUGUUAACUGGAAAUCAGCAGCGGCACAAUCACCUUUUGAUCCAAUUCAGGCAAAUGGACAGUGAUUCAUAAAUGCAGAAUAGUUUUACAAUGAGCAGCUUCCCCUAAAAAUCACCAUGAAUAAUUAGAAGAUUUACAGACAUGCUGUUAAAUUUAUUGGUGACACUAAAUUGGUACAAAGUGAGUGAGUGAGUGAGUGUGCCUUGUGAUGAACUGGUGUACCAUUCAGGAUUGGUUCCUGCCUUGUGCCUGGUUUACCUGUGAUCCUAUGUUGGAUAAAGUUGCUUCAGAAAUGGAUGAGUACUUAAAUGAAUUAAAAUAAUCACACUAUAUAAGAAUUUUGGUGCUGCCACCAUCUAGACAUAUAAUAUGUAUCAUUAACUCCUGUAAAAAAAAAAAAUCAUGAACAAAGCAGCCAGUGUUAACUUGCAUAUAAACCCACAUACAAUAUUGCUCUAGUAAUGGCCAAGUCAGGCAGCAUUUUUCUAAGAUUAAACAUAAAUUCCAUUUCCUUUUAUUUCUCAAUGUGGCAAAAGGUAUACAUUUUUCCAAAUCUUGACAGAGAGAAGAUAAGAAGGAAAGUGUUAUGGCACAUCCAUCUUUAUGUGCAUAAGGACAGAUUUAAAAACACAGAAAAAGUGACACAAAGUCCACAUAUUCUUUAUGAAAGUUACCUCUGUAAAAGAACUCUGUGAAGCAGGGAGUAAAAAAAAAAAAAUGACAAAAAGACACAAAAGAAAAUAUUACAAAUUUUUACAUUUCAGAAUCAAAUUCUGGAAGCUUUCUAUACACAUUGAGAUAUAUAUAUAUAUUUCCCCAACUUUGUUCAGCUUUUUCAAAUUUACUAAUUGUAUAUCUUGUUUAAAUCAUGCUGCUAGACAAAAACAAAAUUGAAACUAAAGAGGACUUUUUGCUAACUUGCAUACAGCUCCCCAUGCCAGCAUGACACCAGAAGCAAAGACUCGUGAUCAAUCGUGAUGAAUAAGGCUAAAAAAUGAGAUUACAUUUGCCACAGUGUUCAAAAACCACUAGUGGUGUUGGGGGGGGGGGGGGGGGGGGGGGGGGUACCGUUUUGAAAACAGCAGAAAGCCUGCAAAUUAAAAUUCAGUGUAUUCUUCUAUAGUGUCCAGAACACACUUGUAAUUGUGGUUUGACUGAAUUGAUAAACUUAUUUAUUUAGCACCUUUCUAAUGUAAAUGGUAUCCAAAGGUGCUUUCCAGGACAGAAGAGGACAGUGUUCUGCGUUUCUACAAUGUGUGCUCUGGCAAGCGCUUUGGGUCAAGCAGUCAGUCGCUGGUACGGAUUGAACUGGCUACCUUGUGGUUUAUACUUCUUUAGUCGGUGGGAGGCUAAACUGCCUGCUCGAGACUAACUAAACACUCACUUUAUUAAGCAAAUAUGCACACAGGAGGUCCAGUUCAAUGCGGCAGGCAGGAGCUGUGACCUUUCAAAAUCUCUUUGUGGAAAUCAUUUUUUUCCCUUUUUCAUUAAAGAUAAACAACUUUUCCGAGCAGAUAUAUGCAUUCUAGACAAGCAGUCUGCCCCUUCAAGAUCUUCCUUUUUUUCCUUGUGAUUUUGGAUAACUAAGAGAGCAGAAACCUUUACAUAUUCAUAUUUGGGAUAGGCUACAGUAGAGACUCCAUAAGGAAUAAAAAUAAAUAAAUAUAUUAAAACAUAAAAAAACAAUAAAAUAACAUUAACUGUGUUUGACGAUUUUUUUGCCUUUUUUUUAAUAACACAGAACUAGCCAAAGAGGAAUAUCUCUUUGAUGUGAGAGGGUUACUUUAAAAAUAAAUCUAUUUUUAUAAAAAAGGAAAAAGACCUUGUUGAGAAUUUUUACUGAUUCUUGAAGUUUAAAAAAAAAAAAGAAAAUAUUUUGACAGGCUACAUUGUUUCAUUUAAGGGGAUUAAAAUAAAAUAGAAGGGGGGGGCGAAGAUUUGUGUAGCGUACACUCAUGAUUGUUCAAUGAAAAAGAACCGUUUUUAUGACAAACAAGGCAUCUAAUUUGUCUCCGCUUUUAUUUUUUCUCUGAACCUAUACAUGUCUUACUCAUUUCGUUUUUUUCAAUCCCCCCAGGAGCACAAGCGGUUAAAUGGGAGCACCGUCUCAACAAAUACACAGACCCAAAUUUUUCAGACUUGAAACUUAAAUGAAGCGUACAUAACAGGCGAAUAUGGAAUAUUUGUCUUAUUUCCGAUUUAUUUGUCAGCAGGAGGAUCUGUUUAAUUGUAAGCAUGUGGGUUAAUUAGAGUCAUAAAUAAGUGACAUUAGGCUGUGGAUGGUACAAGUUAGCCCACUGCCUUCCAUAACUCCCUCUCUGCUCAAUCACUCUCAUUUACUCCAUUUGCGCAAAUCACUGGCACACAUCAGGGCACAUAGUGAGGAGAUCAAGCCUUAUACAGUGUUUCAAGUUAAGCAUCCUAAUACCUCAUCUCGAAAUGUGCUUGCAGGGAAAUUUGGGCAAAACUCGAACCAGCCUGAACAAAACGUUUUGUACAUUCCAGGUUGCAUUAUACGUCUUGCAUUGCUGAGAGGCUUACCCAUUCCACUUUCAAAUCUUUGCUUCUUUUCAUGCACUGAGCAGUUUUUCUAGUCAGGUCUUUUAUAGCAAUCAGAGUCAUCUGGGUUGGUGAUUAAAGCUGAAUGUAUCGGCAAAAGAAUUUAUGUGUACCCAUCCUAACACUUUUGUCUAUAGUCACGAAAGAUGCUUCCUGAAAUGGACACUUGGAACAGUACAUCAAACUUAAGAGACAUCUGGGAGUAGACAGAGGGGAGGAUUAUAGGGACAAGACAUUUUAUAUUACUAGCUAGUUGGAGCAGGAUGCUGGAAUGAAGUAAGAAAUGGAAGCUGACUUAAGGUGGCUUGCAGGUGGCUGGCCUGCAUAUACAGGGUAACUCAUCAGUCUUUGUGUAAUCUUUAUUAUUGAUGCAGUGGUGUCUUUGUGGUUGGCAGGUAUUGGCAGAUACAAACAUGUACAUGAUCGCAUUGCUUCUCAGUGAAGCUGAAGAUAUGAUUGUGUUUUACAAUCCUAAUUAUGACAUUCCCAGACAUAUGAAUCAGCCUAUAUUACAGAAAGAUAAUACACGGAAAACAAUUGCCAAUACCCUUUUUCCCCUAUUUUUGUCCCCACCAUAAUAAUAGAUGUUGGCACUGUGACUUAAAAGAACACUUGAUGUUUAAUGAAAUUUGGAGCAAUUAAGGGGUUCCAGCAAUAAUAUUCAUUACUUGGAUGUAUUAAUUAGAAAACUGAUUGCCUUUUUGUCCUCUCUUAAGUCUGCAUUUUCUUUUUUGACUUUUCAAAGCAAAAGAAAUCAAUUACACACCAAUAUGAACAUUAUUACUGAAAGGGGUUAUCUAGUAAUUUUCAAGAACUAUGCGACACACAACAGUAACACCAAUCAGCUUUCACCACACAUUACCAAGCUUGUGAGUGAAUGAGUGACAGGGUAAGCGCUUCAGAAUUCCCCCCAUUCCAUGUCCUACGUGCUAUUAGCCAUUAUACCAUCAUGUAUGUUUUCAACUCUUGCUGGCACCACUGGGAUAAACAUGAGGCAGGGUACAGUAACCAAAAAAAAACGUUGCGCUAGAAGACACUUUCUUUUAUGGCCUAAUCCGCUUCACAAUGUGAAUGCGAAUGUCAGUUUCAACAUCUGGAGGACUUUGCAUUGCUUCAAGGUGAAUCUCGGUUACAUUUUUGUUUAGGUAUGGAUAAAUACAGUGUAAUUGACACAAAGUGUACAUACGAGCGGGAACACGCAUAUCCUGUUAACAUUUCAUCCUUUGAUGGUUCUAGUGCGCACCUUGCUACAAGACACUAUUACAUUGUAGCUACAUAGACGAGUACCGUGUAAUUACCAUGUAAUUACACAGCAGUUAUCAAUACGUAAACUAAUGUGUGACCCAUUUCCUCCAAUGGAAAAAAGGGGGUCAAGAAGAGCUGUCAGGAAUCAUUUAAGAAAGCGAUCCUUCAAUGCAUUUGUAGGUUGUUUUUUUUUUUGUGUGUUUAUUUUCUAAAAUCACUGGUAAACGCGAGUAACGAAACAAACCAAAAAAAGAAAAAGA